AUGACACAAUUUCAUUUGAUCAAACCAGGAACACUUACGGUUGGUACUUAUACUGGAUUUGCACCUGUCACCUGGCGUGAUGAUGAUGGUACUGCACGUGGCAGAGAUAUUGAUUUGUUACGAGCAUUUGCUGAUAAAUGGAAUCUAAAUAUUGUCUUUCAUUUCUUUCCGUUUGAACAACUUUGGCAACGACCAGGUAAUAAUGAAAUUGAUAUUGCAACAGGUGGUAUUACUCCUUUGGAGUCUCGUAAAACACCAGGUGUUGUAUGGAGUAAACCUUAUUAUACCGUGCAACGUUCAUUACUUAUUCGUGCUACUGAUCGUGAACAAUAUAAAACUAUGUCUGACUUUAGUGGUAAAAAAAUUGUAGUGACAACUGGUUCUACUGCACAACUUGAUACCGAACAACGAAAGCCAACAAAUGCAUGUAUCAUUUAUUAUGAUGGCAAUCAAGCAGAAAUAGUUAGUCAACUGCUCGAUGGAACGAUAGAUGCAUUUGCUGAAGGUGAUAUUUGUAGUAAUUAUUUAGCAACGACAUGUUAUCCAGAUCAGUUGGCAGUUACCGAUGUGCAUCCUAUGAAUGAACCUGAACACUUUGUUUUUGCUGUACGAGAAGCAAGUGGUGAUCAUCUACUCAAUGCUUUGAAUACCUUCAUUUUCGACCAUUGUAAUGAUUAUUAA